UUUCCAAAACCAGUACAUUGCUCACUUCAUAAUUUAGAGAGCAAAACCGAAAAGAGAUAUUUAUCUGCUGUUCCAUUCAAAUCUUUCCAUAAAACUAGAAAAAAAGAUGUCUGAGAAGACCAACCAGGCUUAUCCUUUGGCCCCUGCAAAUGGUUACACAAGAAGUGAUGGAGAAUCUUUGGUAUCCGAAGAUGAACUCAAACGACAAAAGAGGAUGAAGUUGUUUAUGUACAUUGGUAUCUUCAUUGUCUUUCAAAUCAUAGUGAUGACUGUAUUUGGUCUCACUGUGAUGAAAGUGAAGACCCCUAAGGUCAGAUUGGGGGAAAUCAAUGUCCAAAGCCUCAUCUCUAUUCCUGCAACACCCUCAUUUGACACAAGCUUCACCACCCAGAUUAGAGUGAAGAACACUAACUGGGGUCCUUAUAAGUUUGAUUCAAGCACUGCAACAUUUCUGUACCAAGGAGUAGCAGUGGGGCAGGUAUCAAUUCCUAAGAGCAAGGCUGGAAUGCGUUCCACAAAGAAGAUCAGUGUUUCAGUGAACUUGAAUACUGAUGCACUGCCGAGUAGUUCUACUCUCAGCAAUGAAUUGAACAGCGGGGUGUUGGCUCUGACCAGCGAAGCCAAAUUGACCGGAAAGGUUGAAUUGAUGCUCAUAGUGAAGAAAAAGAAGUCUGCCAAUAUGGACUGCAGCAUAGCAUUUGAUCUUUCCACAAAGACGGUUAAAAGCUUGCAAUGCAAGUGAUAUACCAGUUCGUCAUUGUCAUUUGAUUUGUUCUUUUUUUUCUUUUUCUGUGUAUGACCUCUUGGAUUUAUUCUGAAUCCCAUGUAUAUUUAUACUGGUU